GUAAAAGUCAAUCUGGGAAUCUUGGAGGCCACUCCACAGGGCCACAGCGAUCAAUCCAAGGACCUGGAAACUGUUGCUCCGGCCAUCCACAACGUAUGGAGCCUUUGGGGACACCAGGUCAUUAAUUUGAACUCUCGUCUCUGAAGAGAAGAUGAAAAGAAGUUGCUCGAGUGUUAUUGUGUACCAUGGAACCUGGCUCAGCUUGCUCUUCAUAUUUCUGAUAGACAAAGUGUCGGGGCAGAUCACCACAGUUGAAGCUGUUCUAGGAGGCUCUGUGAUCUUAUCGUGUUCAGCCAGUCGCUAUGAAAAGGACGUGUUCUGGCGUCACGAUAACACCAAGACGGUGUACGACAUCAUCGACGGUAAAGAGAAUUUUCAUGACCAGCAUUCAGCGUACAGGAGCAGAGUCAAAGGUUUUCAAUCGGAGUUCACAAAAGGGAAUUACUCCAUCAGAUUAAGUGACGUGAAACACACUGAUGCAGGAAUUUACAGCUGCCACGUCCCUGGCUCCAGGACUCUCCAAGUAGGACUGAAGGUUCCAGAGUAUACAGUGAGAGCUCAACGGCACAAAUUUGUGCAAACGAGCCGAGGAGCGAGAAGACGGUGUGACACUCGUUUGCUUUUCUCUGCAGCUCUGUUGGGACUGAGUGUAUGGUUUCUUUGUUUGAGCAUUUGAGUUUUGAUAAUUUGGUAGAAGACCUACACCUUUCUUUCUGAUAAAUGUGUUUAUGUACGUCAAUGAAUGCUGUAUUUUUCUAAAGAUUAAAUAUUUUGUCCUGAUUGAUGUGAUUCAAAA